GCGUCAACCAACAUCGCAAACCCCUCCCGCGGCGGCAAAUUCAUUUGUUGGUCAUCUCGCCAUCUCCUGUCCAAGGCACACAGUUGACUGUCCAUCGAUAACAAGGGGGGGAGGGGAUAUCUGCAUACUCAUCCAGCUUUUCCCCUGCGUAAAUCCGUGACUCUGUCUCGGAUGAAUGGGGACACAGAGCCUCCUCCAUGGAUAAUAAUACGACCGCGCCGCCCGAGACUGCUUCGACGAGGAAGUCCACCAAGAAGCGCGUCAGGAACUUCUCCCCCGAAGACCGAGCCGCCCACCGCAUCUUCGAAAGGGGCCGCCGCGAGGCCUUCAAGGAGCGCCUGACGGAACUCGCGGGCCAGCUCCCCGGCCUCGCGGAAGCGGACCCCAGGCACCUCUCGAAGCACGUCGUCGUCGAUGAGAGCAUAGCCCGCCACAAGCUACUGGAGAGCCGCUGCGUCGAGGCGCUCCACGACAUCCAGUCCCUGGUGCGGGAGCGCGACGAGCUGCUGGCCGAGGUGAAUCUGUGGAGGCACGGCGCCGGUACCGCUCCGCGGCGGCCCAAGACCGUCUGCCGUGUUGAAGGGCUGGUCGAGACGGAGAAGGAGUCUCAGCGGCGCCCCUCGGCCGGUCAUGCGUGGAGGUGUUGGGAGCAAAAUGGGGGAUCGUCUGACGGCCGCAGCCAGGACAGGGCGGGACCGGAUGAAGUCACCAUCGAAGCAUCUCACAUCCCCCGGAUCCUCCCUGCGGAACCGGCUCUAGAACCCCAUGCCCUCUCACACUUGGACGGCCUCCUGCUGAACACGUCCUGGUCUGGACCUCCUCCUCCCCAGCUGCCUUCGACAACAGCCUUUCCCUCGGAGGCCCCUCCCAUGACGAUGUCGAACCUUCAUGUCCCGUUGGGGUCAAAUGCGGCAAUACCAGAAGACCCUCUAUCAGCAACUACUACAUCCAGUGCGGACGACUAUCGGAUCUUUGGCGACAUCGGUCUGCACCAACAGUUGCCGCUCCUGAACAUGGACUCCUUUCCUCCUCCUCCUCCUCCUCCUCCUCCUCCUCCUCCAGAUGCCGGGCUGUUUACCGAAUCCGUCGUCCCACUGUCGCCGGGGUACAUGGCCUCAACCGGUCUGAAUCACGGCGUAUCACUUCAACAGCACCAGCAAUGGGUCUCAUGGCACGGGUGAUCUACUUCAUAUUUCGACCCUGAGAAAUUCAGUCCAGCGUAAACAAACUACCGCAGCACUCCUACCCCCUCCCUAUCGACAUAGGAGUAAAGACCGACCCC